AUGGAGGACGAGUUCCUCUCCAGCCUCCCGGUCGGGGACUCUGAGGCUGUGAACUCGACGGAGGAUCCCGGCUGGUGGUCGUCCUCUGACGGGGUGGUGCGCUGCGUCAUGACCUCGGUGUACAUCCUGAUCAUCACCGUGGGUCUGCUGGGGAACAUCACUCUGGUGAAGAUCUUCAUCACCAACAGCGCCAUGAGGAGCGUCCCCAACAUCUUCAUCUCCAGCCUGGCCGCCGGGGACCUCCUGCUGCUGCUCACCUGCGUGCCGGUGGACGCGUUCCGGUACUUCUCUGAGGAGUGGGUGUUCGGGCAGGCGGCCUGCAAGCUCAUCCCCGUCAUCCAGCUCACCUCUGUCGGCGUGUCGGUGUUCACUCUGACGGCCCUCAGCGCGGACAGGUAUAAGGCGAUCGUGAACCCAAUGGACAUCCAGACAUCCAGCGCCGUCUUCUGGACGUGUCUGAAGGCGGUCUCCAUCUGGCUGCUGUCCGUCCUGCUGGCUGUUCCUGAAGCCAUUUUCUCUCAAGUUGUCUCCAUGCAGGGUCACAGGGACCACACUAACGUCACCUUUGUGAACUGCGUGCCCUACCCGCUGUCCAAUCAGAUGCAUCCUAAGAUCCACUCGGUGAUGAUCUUCCUGGUUUACUUCCUGAUCCCUCUGACCAUCAUCUCGGUGUAUUAUUACCACAUCGCCCGCACGCUCGUCAAGAGCGCCCACGACAUGCCAGGGGAGGUCAGCGAACACACCAAGAGACAGAUGGAGACGAGGAAGCGUCUGGCUAAGAUCGUGUUGGUGUUCGUGGGCCUCUUCGCCCUCUGCUGGUUCCCCAACCACGUUCUCUACAUGUACCGCUCCUUCCACUACCACCAGAUGGACCUGUCUCUGGCCCACCUCGUCAUCACCCUGCUGGCCCGGGUCCUCAGCUUCUCCUCGUCCUGCGUCAACCCCUUUGCCCUCUACAUGCUCAGUGAGAGCUUCCGCAGGCACUUCAACAGUCAGCUGCGAUGUGUUCAAGGGUCCCGCCCCGAGCGCCAAGCCAGCUACAUGCACAGCACCUCCCACAUCCGCCUCACCUCCAUCAAGAAGACCACGCCCACCCCCGCCAUCAUCGCUCCGGCAGCCAACGGCAACGCCAACAGACAGGAAGUGGCUCUUUGA